AGAAAAGUGGGCAUUGUUCACCUCAGUCUUUACUUGCCUCUCAUUCGUGCCCAUAUAUAGACGAUUACAUUCGCACACAUGAUGAUGAAGGACACGGCGGUAUGGAUGCACUCCCAGGGCAGGGGUUUCGUUGAUCUCCUCGAUCACUUCAUCGCUGGUACAUCAGGAUCAUCUUUCCCAUCGUAUUUAUCUUUGGCUGCUGCUGGUGCUGUAACGAUGGGUCUAGGAUACUACUUCACGAAAAAUAGUACCAACGGAAAAGUAACGCCAUUAGUGGAUCCACUCAACCAAACAGUCAAGCAGAAGGACGGAUCUCGUAUUACCGCAUACCUCAAGGAUGGCAAACUGCAGACCUACGUCUACGAAGAUGCACUUACUCUUUAUCAAGGCGUCCGAAGAGGAGCUCGUGUGUCAAACAAUGGUCCAAUGCUUGGUCAUCGAGUGAAACAAGCUGACGGUUCGGAGCCAUACGUUUGGCUCCAUUACAAUGAGGUGCUUGGACGAGCCGAAGAUGUCUCUGUCGCAUUCCGAGAAUUAGGUAUUCCUGUUGGCAAUGACACGCACAUUGGGAUCUACAGCAAAAAUCGGCCAGAAUGGGUCAUAACGGAAUUAGCUUCUUACAACUUCUCCAAUGUUAUCGUGCCAGUAUACGAGACAUUAGGAUGCGAGGCUUGCGUUUAUAUCCUCAACCAAGCAGAAAUUCCGAUCGUAGUCUGUGAUGUUGUAUCUAAAGCAAUGGGCCUUAUCGAGCGGAAGCCAUCAUGUCCCCAUUUGAAAUACUUAGUUGUUAUGGAGCCAAUCACAAAAGAACUGCGAGCCGCCGCAGAGAAGUUUGAUGUCCGAGUAAUGACCAUGCAGGAGUUGGAAAAGUUGGGUCAUGAUGCCAAGAAUAGACCUCAGCAUGUGCCGCCUAAGCCUGAAGAUCUAGCCACAAUCUGCUACACUUCUGGAACAACGGGUACACCCAAAGGUGUUAUGCUUACCCACGCAAAUGUUGUUGCAGACACUGUGUGUCUGGAUUUCUUCAAGCACACUGGAUUUUGUUCAUCAGAUGUCAUGAUCAGCUUUCUGCCUCUUGCUCAUAUGCUCGAACGGGUUAUCGAGGCUGUGUGCUUCACAAAAGGAGCUCGUGUCGGCUUUUAUCGAGGCGAUAUUCGACUUCUUGUUGAUGACAUCAAAGAACUCCGACCAACAGUCGUUCCUGUCGUUCCACGCGUACUCAAUAGGCUUUACGACAAGGUUAUGUCCGAAGUGAACAAAUCUUAUGUAAAGAAGGCUCUUCUUCACGUUGCUGUUGCUUACAAAGCUCGUGAAAUGCGGAAUUUCAUCAUUCGCAGUGAUGGUUUCUUCGACAAUCUCGUGUUCAAGAAGGUCAGGGAGAGUAUGGGAGGGCGUGUAAGACUUAUGGUCACUGGAUCUGCACCUCUUUCGGAAAACGUUCUCACUUUUGUAAGAGCUGCAAUGGGAUGUGUAGUUGUUGAAGGUUACGGCCAAACGGAAUGUGUUGCUGCUGCUACGGUUUCAAUGGAAGGUGAUGCUAAUGCAGGACACGUUGGAAUGGUCGUUCCUGCUGCACGCAUCAAAUUAGUAGACGUGCCGGAACUAGGAUAUUUUGCCAAGGAUGACGCUGGCGAGGUUUGCAUCAAAGGUCCAAUCGUUUUCCGCGGUUACUACAAGAAUGAGGAGAUGACCAAAGAAGUACUCGAUGAAGAUGGAUGGCUCCAUACUGGCGACAUAGGCCGGUGGUUGAAGGAAGGCACUUUGAAGAUUGUUGAUCGAAAGAAGCAUAUCUUUAAAUUGGCGCAGGGUGAAUACGUUGCACCGGAGAAAAUUGAAAACGUCUAUGUGAGAUCGAAGUUUGUUGCUCAAUCCUUUGUGUAUGGAGAAUCACUUAAAACCUGCCUCAUCGCUAUAGUUGUCCCCGAUGCCGAGGAGCUCAUCCCUGCUUGCAAGAGCCAUCUUCAACUUACUGGGACAUUGGAAGAGUUAUGUAAGAACAGGGACGUCAUCAAAAUGGUGCUCGAUGACAUGGUUGCUGUCGGAAAGAAAAGUGGACUGUUCUCGUUUGAGCAGGUGAAAGACAUUCGCCUUUCUCCUAUCAUGUUUUCUGUGGAGAACGAUCUCCUUACGCCCACGCUGAAGAGUAAAAGACCAAAGUUGAAGGCUCACUUCGCCUCAGAGCUUGCCGAAAUGUACUCCAAACUCACUUAAACACUUCAAAAGCGGACCUACCUCUAAGCCAAACGACUCAACUCCUUGAUAUCUCCUCUAUAUGCAGUGUCUCACUACUUUUAGUCUAUAACCGUAAUCCUAUGAUCAGGUGUUGUUUGUAACGUAUGUAACUAAAUAUGCAUGUAUUGAAGCGAGGCUUGUUCUGUUUUUCUUUGACGACGCUCAUUAUUUAUCAUCGAUCAUUCUAUGUCGUGAGAUCUAGCCGCAGUGUUCUUAUUUUUUACGGGUGAAUUGAUAGAAUUUACACCCUCUUGAACUGUCGGUCUUUAUCGCACAGUGUUAUGUAAAUCUCGCUGGAAUUCUCCUCAGAUUUUGCGUGGAUGUGCCUUUGAUGUGAGAGCAUAGAAAAUCUUGAUUUUCUCUACUCUUCUGCUCUGCGACCAUUCACUCAUAGAACGUGUCUCAUUUUCAACAUAUUGAGUUCCUUUUCUCUACCAUAGCCAUCUCACAUUUGUAAAUCCUCUCUUCUUGGACGUGAUUUAUGGCUUUCAUAAAAACUUGCUGCAUUCCCCCAGAUUCUUUUUCCCUCAUGAUACACUAUCUCUCAGUUAUCAGAUCCCUCAUUGCUGCACGAUUUAGUGCGAAACCUUGGAAAUUUAUCGACUCUACAGCUCUAUAAAGCUGUGACUCAGUUUUUACUGCAUUUUCUUACUAGCUACACGUGUGACUUUCAGACAUGUGUCCGAUUGUUUUACAGGCAUUUUAACUGUGAUUUUUUUGCGGAGUGCUGUUAAUUUUUAUUCAGUACUAGUAAUAAACAUAAACAUGCAUUACAG